CCCCCCCCCCCCCCCCCCCCCCUACUUGGCCAUACGAUAAGGGAUUGCUGUUCUGUGGUUAAAUCCUUCUUGUUUUGGUGUUUGCCUAAUCAAAUUUGCGAUAAUGACCUAAAAGUGUUUUCAAAUGGAAGAUCUGGCUCCUGUGGAGAAGGAUUACAAGGUGACAGGUAGUCCAUUAAGCAAGUUUUGUUACGAUUAUAAUAUCACGCCAAACAAACAAACAAACAAAAACCAAAAAAGUCGCUACCAUACUGCCAAUGGAAGAAACAAGCACACCGACUUUGGAUGUGAAUGAUCAAAAACAAGGCGUUAGUUGAUACAUUUGAAUCCUGUAAUGCAGCUUUGUUUUGACGGCAAUUUUCGUGUAUGUUAGUCAAUUUGGUGUGCUUCGAUUUGUCUAAGUAUUAGGACAAGGCACCCAUCAUCAUCAACAUAGGACUACAGCUACUUCUAACGGUGCUUCUUUUUUUAAAAAAUAAAUAAUGAAAUGUGCCAAAUAAAAUUGGAAUUAAAGUCAAAAGAAUUCCUUAUUAACAUUUUUUUUAACCAAAAACUAAUUAUAAAAAUAUAAAUAAUGAAAGGGGCGUAUAUUUAACGUACAGAUUGCCAGUAGAAGAAGAAAGCUUCUUUUCUUUUUUAUUUUAUUUUUUUGUUUUGGUAAUAACAUAUGAGAAUAAAGCUUUGUGGUGUAAGUGGGUCCUGUGGUUAUAUUGGUUGCAAUAUCAUUUAGAUGAUGGACUUCAAUUCUGUGAGUGCUUGUUUCAGCUUUAUUUUUUUGGCAACUAGGGAAAAAGAGUUGGCACUUUUUAGUUAGAUGGUCUUUCUAACCACCGUCGAAUGCUUUUCAUCUUUGCUUUGGAAGUGAUAUGAGAGUGUGCAAUUCUUUUGUCAAUUUUCAAAACUGAAUAGGCCAACUUUUUUUUUUUUUUUUAUUAUUAAUAUUAUUAUCGAUUUCUUGUAAGUUCGAUCUUUAUUAUCUGGUACGGAAAUCAAGAUUCAACUGGUGUGUGCGUAAAUGUUCAAUUAAAUUAGUGAUAGAAUUAUUAUUAUUAUUAUUAUUAUUUUUUUGAAACAAUUAGUGCUGGAGCUCAAACGAUAGGAAAGUUUACAAAUUUACAAUCUUUCCUUGGGUAUUCUUGUAAUUAAAUUUUGAAAACAUUGUUCUGUUGAUAAAGAAUACAAAAUAAAAAGGAACAGUGAAAUAUAACCAAAUAAAAUAUUGGAGGGAAUUAACAGCUAGUGUUCAAGAAUGGCCAUAUCUUUUCCCACUUCCCUUUCGACUCUCUCUCCCACAGCUCAAAUACCAACCAUUAAUCACCCUUCCAAUCCAAUCCCUAAAAGAGACUAUAUCGUUUCGUUGUUAAAAUCUUGCUCAACCAUCAAAGAAUUUUUACCAAUACAUGGGCAUUUGAUCACCACAAAUCUCAUCCGUGACCCUUUCAUGGUUAGCCAUGUCCUUUGGUUCUUCAUCUCUACAGAAAAUUUCCAUUACGCUCAUGGCGUUUUAAGUCAAACCCAAGAGCCAGAGACCGUAAUUUGGAAUACCCUUAUCGAGAACCGUCUUAAAGAUGAUUCUUUUGGACAAGUUUUUUCGACUUAUUAUCAUAUGGUUAGUCAAGGGGUUCCAUUAGAUAUAUCCACUUUCCACUUCUUAAUUCAUGCUUGUUCUAGAAAUUUGGCCCUCCAACCAGGUACUGAAGUCCACGGCCGAGUAUUGAAAUAUGGGUUUGGUAGGAAUAAGUCUUUGAACAACAAUCUGAUGGCUUUAUAUUCAAAAUGUGGAAAAUUGGACGAAGUGCAUCAUUUGUUUGAGAAAUUACCCAAGAGAGAUGUGAUUAGCUGGAAUACUAUGAUAUCGUGCUAUGUUCAAAUGGGAAUGCUAGGUGAGGCUCUGAAUUUGUUUCGUGAAAUGAAACUUGAUGGGGUUAAGCCGGAUGAGAUAACCAUGAUUAGCUUAGUUUCAGCUUGUUCUAAGCUGCGAGAUUUAGAAAUGGGUGAGAAUUUACACCUUUAUAUUGAGAAGAAUGAGUUGGAGAUUGGUGGAAAUUUGUUGAACUGCCUGGUUCAUAUGUAUAUUCAGUGCGGGAAAAUGGAGAAAGCACAUCAGCUUGCGGUUAGAAGCAUGUCCGAUGGUGUUGUUGUUUUGUGGACUACAUUGAUUAGUGGGUAUGUGAAAUCUAAGAAGAUACAUGCUGCUAGAUGCAUAUUUGACCACAUGACAGAGAGGAGCUUGAUUUCAUGGAUGACCAUGAUUUCGGGAUAUGUCCAAGGAGGCUACUAUAAUGAAAGUCUAGAGCUAUUUAGGCAAAUGAGGCUCGAAAAUAUAAGGCCAGAUGAAGUUCUUUUUGCGACAGUACUUUCUGCUUGUGCUCAUGUGGAAGACCGCAAAUUAGGCAGAUCCAUCCACAGCUUGGUUGUGAAAUAUGGGAUGAUUUAUGAAGGGCUUCUUGGUAAUGCUUUGAUAGACUUGUAUGCAAAAUGCGGGGCACUGGAUGAAGCUCAGAUGAUUUUCAAGCAGUUGCCUAGCAGGAGUGUUGCCUCAUGGAAUUCAAUGUUAGAUGGUUUCUGCAGAAGUGGGGAGAUUGAGAAGGCAAAAUCUUUAUUCAGUGAAAUUCCUGAAAAAGAUGUCAUUUCUUGGAACAUCAUGAUCAACUUUUAUGCAAGAUCUCAUAGAUUUGGAGAAUUGUUUGAGCUAUUCGGGAAGAUGCAGUGUUCUACUGUAAAACCCGACAGGCUUACUUUGAUCAGCAUGCUAUCUUCUUGUGCUAUUGUUGGAGCUCUGAAUCACGGAAUUUGGGUCCAUGUUUACAUAAAAAAGAAUCAUAUUGAGUUGGAUAACAUGUUGGGAACUGCUCUAAUUGACAUGUACGGUAAGUGCGGGAGCAUAGAGAAAGCGUAUGAGUUAUUUUCCGAGAUGGAUGAAAAAAAUGUAUUUGUGUGGACGGCUAUGAUUGCAGCACAUGCCAUGGAAGGGCAAGCCGAGAAAGCAAUUGACCUUUACUUGGAAAUGGAAGUAACAGGAAUAAAGCCAGAUCAUGUCACAUUCAUAGCUCUUUUAUCUGCUUGUAGCCAUGGAGGCUUAGUGAACGAAGGGUAUACAUAUUUCAACAAGAUGAGCAGCGUCUACAAUAUUAUUCCCAAUAUCCAGCACUAUGGGUGUAUGGUUGAUCUCCUAGGUCGAGUUGGGCACUUAGAUGAGGCAAUAAAAUUCAUUGAGCUCAUGCCAAUCAAACCUGAUAUCUUAAUCUGGUAUGCCUUGUUGAGAGCAUGUGAAAGCCAUCUAAAUGUUGAAUUGGCAGAGCAUGCAUUUCAACAGCUCAUAAUGUUGGACCCUCUGGAGCCUGCUGCUUAUGUUCUUCUGUCCAACAUAUAUGCAAAAGCUGGUAAAUGGGAUGAUGUGAGUCGAACAAGAACAAAGUUAUAUGAAUUAGGAAUACAGAAGCAACCAGGAAGUAGUCUGAUAGAACAAAAUGGCACUCUGUCCAAAUUUAAAGCUGCAGAUUUUUCACACCCUCAGUCCACAAAUAUUUAUUCCAUGUUGGAUGAGAUGAAUGAUAGAUUACAACAGAAGGAUCUACGAGAAACAUCAUCCCAUCACAGCGAACGGUUGGCCGUGGCGUUUGGUCUGAUUAGCAGCCAUGGAAAAACACCUAUUCGAAUUGUGAAUAAUCUGAGGAUUUGUGGAGAUUGUCACUCAAUCAUGAAACUGAUAUCUCAAACCUACGACAGAGAAAUAGUUAUCAGGGAUAAUUACAGAUUCCAUCGGUUUGUAGAUGGAAAUUGUUCAUGUAAAGAUUAUUGGUGAAUCCAGAUAAUGGUAUUGUCCUGUGAAUUGAAAAUUGAACAGAUUUCUUA